GGCUGAUUGGAGUUGGGAAUAAAAAUUAAAAUGAUCUGGAAAACAAUUUUGCUGACCUUCCUCGCCGUCGGUGUGUUAGCCGAAUAUCAGAUAACAGAUGAACAACGCGAACAGGUCAAAAAUGCAAUAAAGCACAUGUGCAAAAAGAACGGCGCUGAGGACCAAGCAGAUGCGGUAGAGACAGCGGGCAAGAACUUCGUAGAGUGCAUGAAAGGUCUGUUCAAUAUCGACACUAUUAAGAAAGAAAUUGAAGAAGCUAAGCCCAAUGGUGCUCUUGACGAAGUAUUUAAGAAGUACUGCGCAAAGACUCCGGAACUGAAGACGUGUCUUCAUACUUUCGUAACCGGCAUGACUCCUUGCCUUGAUGCCACUAUUCGCGAACACAUUAAUACUGUCAGCAAUGGAACCGACAAACUGAUUGAUUUCGUGUGCCACAAGGACGGUGACAGGAUAGCUCUGUUCAUCGCAGAGAAAGGUCCUGAAUGUUUUCAAGAGAAGGUCACCGAAAUUCGCCAGUGCGCAGAACAUAGCAGAGAAGGUAUUAGCAGUGCUGAUGAUUUUAAGAAGUUGUCUGAAGAUCAAAUGUGCAGUAAAUUCGACGAGUUGUCUGCUUGUAUUGUGAAGGCUUUGGAGGGAUGCAACACACCUACCCCCGGCAACAUGGCUGAGUCGUUGUUCAGAUUCCUCCGCAAGAGCUCGACUUGCAAGGAGUGAUCAUCCAGUUAUUUAUGGAAUAGUUGAGAAGAAUCCAGAACUGUCAUUUAUUAAGUGCCAUUUAGAUAUCAUGUAUUAAAUGAAAAUGAAAUAAGAAACUAA